UGAAUUCAAAUUGGCACCUAGCUUUUUGUAAGUAUUCUGCCACCACAUGUGGCUGAGAGGAGAGAGAGAGAGAGAGAGAGAGAGAGAGAGAGAGAAAUGGCUUCUCUCUCUACACCAUCACUCUCAAAACUGUUGACUUCACUCCGCCUCUUUUCUUUCCCGAGACGGCAAAUUGGAGGUGAUGAAUUCACCGGCAAACGGCGUUUCUCUGCCGGCGUUUCUCUCUCUCAUAAUUUCUCUCCCUCUUGUUGUUUCUCACUGCAGUAGAAACACUCCGCCGCUGAUUUUCAACUUCGGCGACUCUAAUUCAGACACCGGCGGCUUCACCGCCGGCACCGGCCUCGUCGCCGGAUACCCCUACGGCCGCGCAUUCUUCCCCCGCCCAACCGGUCGAGCUUCCGAUGGACGACUGGUCAUCGAUUUCCUCUGUGAAAAUCUGGAUACCCGUUACUUGAGUCCGUAUUUGGAUUCGUUGGAACCCGAUUUCACUAACGGAGUUAAUUUCGCAAUAUGUGGCGCGUGCGCUCUCCCUACAUUUGUUCCUUUCAAUUUGAACAUUCAAAUUCUUCAAUUCAAACUUUUCUACAAUCGUUCGUUGGAGCUUCGCGCCAAAGGUAGGACAAAUUUGGUCGGGGAAGAAGAUUUCAAGAAUGCACUUUACACUUUCGACAUCGGACAAAAUGAUCUAUCGGGCUCAUUUGGUGCCCUUUCGUAUACACAAGUCAUUGAGAAGAUUCCCUCUUUUAUAUUUGAAAUCCGGGAUGCAAUUUCGGCAAUACACCUACUCGGUGGGAAGAAUUUUUGGGUACACAACACAGGGCCGUUGGGUUGUUUACCUCGAGAACUUGCCAUAAGAAGCAAUUUAAAUGCAAGUGAUUUCGAUCAAUACGGAUGCAUAAAGUCCAUGAACGAAGGUGCACAAGCAUUCAACACCAAACUAAAUGCUCUUAUUCAAGAACUACGGUCUGAAUUGGAGGAUUCCACUAUUGUUUAUGUCGAUAUGUACUCUAUCAAGUACGAACUCAUCUCCAAUUCCUCAAAUUACGGUUUCGAGAAUCCAUUAAUGACAUGCUGUGGAUAUGGUGGAGCACCUUACAAUUACGAUUCGGACAGAAAUUGUCUCACCAGUGGAUUUACGGUGUGCGAAGAAGCGACCCCACACAUAAGCUGGGAUGGAACUCAUUAUACGGAGGCUGCUAAUACCAUUUUUGCCUCCAAGAUACUUUCGACCGAUUAUUCCACUCCUCCGUUGGAGUUUAGCUUCUUUUGCAACAAUGCUAGAGUAUCUUCGACUUAGAUUGAUUCUCGAGCUGAUUACGUUUUCUAUUGGUAAUAAAAAUGUUGAAGAAAAGUAUUUUAGUUUUUUUUUUGGAUUUUGUUGUUAUGUAACAUGGAUUGAUAUG